CUUAGCCUGGAUGAGUCUUGGGAGUGCAGCCACAGACUGCCCAAUCCUCCUCCUUCUGCCCUCCUCUCGGGUCCUCUAGCCUGCUUUUCCUCUCCUGGACCCCAGCUAGUAGCAGAAAGGCCGGGAAGUGGGUGCGUCGCUGCAGGUCCCAAGAGGAAGAAGGGGGUGGGUGGGGGGUGUCCUGGAGGCGGAUAAAAGGGGGUGGGGGACCCCUUGACGUCACGGGAAGGAGGUGCCCAAGGGAGGAGGGAGAUCGGAUGGGGGAAAGGUUAUAAAUCGCCCCCGCCCGCUGCUCGGCUCCGAAUUGAUGUCCGCAGGAGGCUAAAAGGAGCGCACCCUGCGGACACUCCCUCUUUUCCUCCCGGGCGGCGGCGGAGACAGCAGCAGCAAAGGCUACCGCGGAGGCAGUGGCAGCGGAGAGCAGCACGCGUCCGGGAGACAGGCGCAGCGGGCUCCCGGGACCCUCAGACGAACCAGCGACUGGAGGCAGGCGUGGGUUUGGGGAUAUAAAGAUUGGAUGGUUACGCUUUUCCCGGGCCCGAGCAGCCACGCUGCCUAGCGCGACAGUGAAACAUUGAGGACCAAGAACCUAGGGCACUGGCGGAGUUGAGCCGGGGCGCUAGGGGACCCAUCCGGCUUUAUUUAUUGGCGCCUCUGGGAUAGGAAGGAACAGGCAUCUACCCACUUCGCUGGUCCCUUACCAUGUGUGGCUGGAUGGUCACCGGGGCCGCGCUCUCGGUCCUGUUGGGCUGUCUGCUUCUCACAGGAUCCAGUUCAGGGUCAAAAUUAAAAGGACCUGAACUAAGUUUAAAAGGCACACAGUAUGUCAUGCAAGCAGACCAGACAUUAUAUCUUAAAUGCAGGGGGGAAGUAGCCCAUUCAUGGUCUUUGCCUAAGACUGUGAGUAAAGAAAGCAAAAGGCUGAGCAUCACCACAUCUGUCUGUGGGAGGAAUGGGAAACAAUUUUGCAGCACUCUGACCUUGGCCAGGGCACAGGCCAAUCACACAGGCUACUACAGCUGCAGAUACUUAUCAACACCUGUUUCAAAGAAAAAGAGAACAGAAUCUACAAUCUACAUAUUUAUUAAUGACACAGGGAGUCCAUUUGUAGAGCCUCACAGCAUUAUGCCUGAAACUGUACUUAUGGCCGGAGGACAGGAAAUGAUUAUUCCCUGUCGAGUUUCAGCACCAGAUAUCACCGUUACAUUGAAAAAGUUUCAGAUUCCUGAUGUGAAGACCUUGAUUCCUGAUGGGAAGACAAUAAUCUGGGACAAUAAGAGGGGUUUUAUAAUACCAAAGCCAACAUACAUAUUUAUAGGACUUCUGAGCUGUGAAACAACAGUUAAUGGUCAUUUGUACAGCACAAAUUAUCUGACAUAUCGACAAGAUAAUACAAUCCUUGAUGUCCAAUUAAGUACACCAAAUCCAAUCAAAUUACUGAAAGGUCAGACUCUUGUCCUCAAUUGUACUGUUACUGCAGCCUGGAACACGAGAGUUCAGAUGACUUGGAAUUAUCCUGGUGAAGUAAUUAAUAGAGCCUCUAUAACUCCACGGUUUGAUUCAAGUAAUUCUCAGGCCAAUGUAUUCUACAGUACUCUUAUAAUUGACAAAGUUCAAAGCAAAGACAAAGGACUUUAUACAUGUCAAGUGAAGAGUGGACCAUCCUUCAGAUCUGCUAACACUACAGUGCAUGUAUAUGAAAAACCAUUCAUCACUGUGAAGCAUCGAAAACAGCAGGUGCUCGAAACGAUAGCAGGCAAAUGGUCCUAUCGGCUUUCUAUGAAAGUGAAGGCAUUUCCCUCGCCAGAGGUUGUAUGGUUAAAGAAUGGGUUACCUGCCACUGAGAAAUGUGCUCGCUACGUAGUCCAUGGCUAUUCACUAAUUAUCAAGGAUGUGGCAGAAGAGGAUGCUGGAGAUUAUACAAUCUUGCUGAGCAUAAAACAAUCAAAAAUAUUCAAAAAUCUAACAACCACUCUCAUUGUAAAUGUGAAACCCCAAAUUUAUGAAAAAGCUGUGUCAUCAUUUCCAGAUCCUAAUCUCUACCCAGUGGGUAGCCAGCAAAGCCUGACUUGUACUAUUUAUGGUGUCCCCCAACCUACAAUUAAGUGGAUUUGGCAUCCUUGUAGCCAAAACCAUUCCAAAACAAGGUAUGACUUUUGUUCUACCAGUGACAGAUCUUUCAACUUGGAUGCCAGCAGCAAUAUUGGGAAUAGAAUCCAGAGCAUCACUCAGCGUAUGGCUGUAAUAGAAGGAAAGAAUAAGAUUGCAAGCACUCUGGUUGUGGCCGACACCAAAGCUUCUGGAAUCUAUAGCUGUGUGGCUUCCAAUAAAGUUGGACACAUGGAAAGAAACAUUAGCUUUUAUGUCACAGAUGUGCCCAAUGGAUUUCAUGUUAACUUGGAAAAAAUGCCAGCUGAAGGAGAGGAUUUGAAAUUGUCUUGCACAGUCAGCAAAUUCUUAUACAGAGACAUUACUUGGAUUUUGCUGCGAACAGUAAACAAUCGGACAAUGCACCAUAGCAUCAGUAAACAAAAGAUGGCAGUCACUAAGGAAUACUCUAUCACGCUCAAUCUUACCAUCAAGAACGUUUCCCUGGAAGAUUCAGGCACCUAUGCCUGCAGAGCCAGGAAUAUAUAUACCGGGGAAGAAAUUCUUCAAAAGAAAGAAGUUACAAUUAGAGACCAGGAAGCACCCUACCUUCUCCGUAACCUCAGUGAUCAGAUAGUGGCCAUCAGCAACUCCACCACUUUAGACUGUCAGGCAAAAGGUGUGCCAGAACCACAGAUAACCUGGUUCAAAAACAACCAUGAAAUACAGCAAGAGCCAGGUAUUAUUUUGGGACCAGGAAGCAGCACGCUGUUUAUUGAAAGAGUCACAGAAGAGGAUGAAGGGUUCUACCGCUGCAAAGCCACCAACCAGAAGGGCUCUGUGCAGAGCUCAGCAUACCUCACUGUGCAAGGAACUUCAGAUAAAUCCAACCUGGAGCUAAUAACACUGACAUGUACCUGUGUGGCUGCAACACUCUUUUGGCUCUUGUUAACACUCUUCAUCCGAAAACUGAAAAGGACUUCUUCUGAAAUAAAGACAGAUUACCUAUCGAUUAUAAUGGAUCCAGAUGAAGUUCCCCUUGACGAGCAAUGUGACCGGCUACCCUAUGAUGCCAGCAAGUGGGAGUUUGCCAGAGAAAGACUUAAGCUGGGAAAAUCACUUGGACGUGGAGCUUUUGGAAAAGUGGUCCAAGCAGCUGCAUUUGGCAUUAAGAAAUCACCCACGUGCCGGACAGUGGCUGUGAAAAUGCUGAAAGAGGGGGCCACAGCCAGUGAAUACAAAGCUUUGAUGACUGAGCUCAAGAUCCUGACCCACAUUGGGCACCAUCUGAAUGUGGUGAACCUGCUGGGGGCCUGCACCAAGCAUGGAGGUCCUCUCAUGGUGAUAGUUGAAUACUGCAAAUAUGGAAAUUUAUCCAACUAUCUCAAGAGCAAAAGAGAUUUCUUCUUUCUCAACAAGGAUGCAGCCUUACAGACUGAGCCCAAGAAAGAAAAGGAGUCGGAGCUUGAGCAAGGCAAGAAACAAAGACUGGAUAGUGUCACCAGCAGUGAGAGCUUCGCAAGCUCCGGAUUUCAGGAAGAUAAAAGUCUGAGUGAUGUGGAAGAGGAAGAGGAGGAUCCUGAUGAUUUCUACAAGCAACCCAUCACCAUGGAAGAUCUCAUUUCAUACAGUUUUCAAGUGGCCAGAGGCAUGGAGUUCUUAUCUUCUAGAAAGUGCAUUCACCGAGAUCUGGCAGCCCGAAACAUCCUUUUAUCUGAAAACAAUGUAGUGAAGAUUUGUGACUUUGGCCUCGCUAGAGAUAUUUAUAAGAAUCCUGAUUAUGUGAGAAAAGGAGAUACCCGGCUUCCCCUUAAAUGGAUGGCUCCUGAAUCCAUCUUUGACAAAAUCUAUAGCACCAAGAGUGACGUGUGGUCUUAUGGGGUGCUGCUAUGGGAAAUAUUUUCUUUAGGUGCCUCUCCAUACCCAGGAGUGCAAAUUGAUGAAGAUUUCUGCAGCCGUCUGAAAGAAGGCACAAGAAUGAGAGCUCCCGAAUAUGCCACUUCUGAAAUCUAUCAAAUCAUGUUGGAUUGCUGGCAUAAGGAUCCUAAAGAAAGGCCAAGAUUUUCUGAACUGGUGGAAAAACUAGGAGAUUUACUUCAAGCAAAUGUGCAAAAGGAUGGAAAAGACUAUAUCCCACUGAAUAAUAUACUCACAGGAAACAAUGGGUUUGCAUAUCCCACCCCUGCCUUCUCUGAACCCUAUUUCAAAGAAGAUAGUUCAACUCCAAAAUUCAAUUCAGGAAGUUCUGAUGAUGUCAGAUAUGUAAAUGCUUUCAAAUUCACACACCCACAGAGAGUAAAAACCUUUGAAGAGCUUUCCCCAAAGACUACCACAGUGUUUGAGGAUUACCAGGCAGAUAGUGGCAUGGUGUUGGCACCUCAAGAACUGAAGCGCUUCACUUGGGCAGAGAGCAAACCUAAGUCCACCUUGAUGUUUGGAUUAAAAGUGACCAGCAGAAGCAAGGAAUCGGGCCUUUCUGAAAGGACCAAGCCUAAUUUCUGUCAUUCCAGCUGUGGUCAUGUCAAUGAAGUCAAUCGCAGAUUUACAUAUGACAAUUCUGAGCUGGAAAGGAAGAUCUCAUGCUGCUCUCCUCCUCCAGACUACAAUUCAGUGGUCUUGUACUCCAACCCACCAGUGUAAAUCUUUAGCAUAAAGCAGUAUUUCAAGAAGCAAAUGCAAUGAGAUAUAAAUUAGUUUUCUCCAAUGUAUUACAUUUAUGUUUUAACCCCUUUCUUUUCCACAGGAGCCAUUUUUUAUUUUUAAAACUAACAAAAAAUAUUAUGUGAUCCUACAUGAACAGAGGCAUUCUCAAUAAAGCCUCCGAAUACCUAAUAAAUUACCUAAAUUAUUUCUGGACCAAUAGCAUAACCCUAUCCUCUUAGGCUCCUGGGAAGUCUAACAUCUGGCUAAUUUGGAUAAUCAAGGAAAAAUCUUGAUUGUUCACUAAAAGAAAUCAAGAAAGACAGUGUGGUAUAGAGCACUGACUUGGAGUCAGGGGAUCUGGACCCACACUCCAGAUCUCUUAGAACCUGGGUUACCUUGGGAAAGUUACUUAACUUCUCUAGACCUUGAUUUCCCGACCUAUAAAAUGAAAGUUGGACUAGAUGACCUCUUAGGUCUUAUCUACUCUUAAAUUCUAUUUUCUUAUUUUCUAGGAGAGCAAUAAGUAUCUUUGGUUCUUGUUCUAAGGCUCUCUGGGUUCUAGGUCACCCUCUUUUCUCUUGUUACCCAGCAGCACUGAAACCAAGAAUUAAGCAGCAUUUUUUAUAGCUCUGAGGGCCAACAGCAAGUUAAACAUUCCUCAUGGGUACCAAAAGUACUUAAAAUAUAGGAAUGGCAUAUGCUACAGCAGGAGGAGAGGGCAGAAGGGAGAUAGACAAAAGAAAGGAAAAGGCAAGAAUAAGCAAAAAGUAUGUUUGUGUGGUAGAGUCUGGGAGAAUACCAUAGCACCCACAUCAUGGGUUGCCACUCCCAAUCUAAUAUACCUUAGAUUUGGAACAUGUAGAAAAAAAAAAAGAGUAGAAAAAAUAAUGGAAUAAAAGAUUUUUUUUUUAAAUUCUGUGAAGGGAAGGGAAGGGAAGGGAAGGGAAGGGAAGGGAAGGGAAGGGAAGGGAAGGGAAGGGAAGGGAAGGGAAGGGAAGGGAAGGGAAGGGAAGGGGAGAAUAAAGACAUCCCUUGGAAAUGUUAUUAUAAAUCAUUCUCAUCUCAAGAAAUUUGCAUUGUGGCAUUUGUCCUAUUUAGCUAAUUACUGUCUCUACGGUUGGCCUUAGCAAACCUCACUGAUCUGCCUUUCCUAUGCACAGACUCCUGGGGAUACCAUGCCAGGAUGGUGCCAGCUUCUGUAUGUGGUUCAAAGGAAGCUAACAGUCUUUAGCUUGUUCUAAUGACUGUUGGGUCUAAUGAGUGCUGGCUGUUAGACUCAGGGUCACAUUUUAGAUUUACAAUGAUGAAUGUCAUUAUCAAUAGCAGUAUUUAUGUACAGAAGCUAAAAUAUUUAUGUCACUUUGUAUCAGAUUUUGUAUAGUCAUUCAUAAAAGGAUAUUUAGAAUGAAGGUGUAGGCUUAUGGAGAAAAGACUCUAGGACAAGAUUUUCAAAUUGGCAAAAUAAAGGCUGAGAAAAGGGGAAAAAAAUUCACCUCUUAGCAACUACACUAAUUCAUGUCCCAAAAUAAGGUUAGGUAACAAAAAAGAUAUGUAAAUUCCUAUAUUGUUGGCUGAUUGACUGAUCUGAUAGGGAUGCCUUCUCUCCCACAGGGAAUAGUGGAGAAGAUGAACCACCUAUUAUCUCUUAAGCACUUUAAAAUCCUUGUAAUAUAAGGUCUCUUAUAUAUCAUCUAUGCAAGCCAUUAGAAUUAGAAGAGGUUAGUUAAGCAGUCACCAAGGAAUAUCUACUUUAACUUUUUAAAUCUUUGCCUAGAGCCAUUGGGCCUAAACACUGAGGGAAAGAGGAAGAAAGCCAAGAUGUCAAAAAGUAUUUGCUUUCAGGGCUUGGAGAUUUAGAAAGACUUGGCUUGGGCUGAAACCCAUAAAGGAAAAAUAAAGCUAAAGUUUGGUAAUACUUGAUGAUGUCCAUGAAAAGCCAUAUACCCCUAUUAGGAUCUCUGACUAGGGAGUAACCAGAAGUGGACAAACCAGUCAACAUUGUCAAAGUUGCUGCUUUUUUUAAGAAGGAAUUGUCCUCAAAUUUGUAAGUUAAAUGACAAAGGGAUUUAUACUUUUCUAUUUACCAUUCUCUUUUAACUACAAGUUACAGAGUACUGUUUGCAUGGAAAAGGACAAAGUACUAUUUAAAUGGGGACAUUCCCAGAAAACAAAUUGGAAACUCAAAGGUGAGUAAUGAGUUGGACCCCAGGAUCAGCCCAACUAGAGAAGAAAAGAAGCAAAACAAAAGGGACAGGGUCAGACCUGUGGGAAAGCAAGACUGGGUCUUCUUUCUUCACCCUUCCUAGGAAUUGUGGCUGACUAUAAGUACAAGUUAGAGAGCCAGAAAAAUGAAGUCAAACAAACAAACAAACAAAAAAAAAACAGGCAAAACCCCAAAUCAAUUCUAUAAUUUUCCAGAUCAUACAAAGACAAUGAUGUAGAAAAAGCCAUAACUAGAUUGUCCACCAGCAACUCCAAACAAAGGUCAAGCAGCAUUAUUUCAAAAUUAAAAUAGAUCAUUUAUUUCAUGAUUGAUGGGUGAAUGGGAUAAUGCAUAUGAGAUAGCAAGAAGACAACUUAUCAGUUUGAAGUCAGUCAAGAAAAAAAUACAAAGGCACUAAAAUGAUUAGACUUUAAAACAAUGCUUUGGCACAGAUUAGAUGUUAGUUAUUCCUGAUUUCUCAGUCCAUAAGAAUCUUGAACCAGAAGCCUGAUCUUUCCAAUACAUCUUUGAUCAUACGAUAGAAACUUCAUGUAUAUAUAUAUGUAUAUGCUUUUUGUGCAUAAAUAUUUAAGGAAACUGGAAUUUUUAAAGUUACUUUUAUACAAACAGAAUGUAUGCUGCCAAUAUGAAUGAGUCUUAGACAUGUCUUAUAUUUCUAGUCAUUUAACAAAAUGUAUUUUGACUAUAUACAUAUAAUAAAUUAACUCUCUAAAA